GGGCUGGAGAUUGCGGGCGUCAGUGGCCAUGGCGGAUACAGCGACCACAGCCUCGGCGGCGUCCGCGGCGGCCAGUGCCUCCAACGCCUCCACCGAUGCGCCCCCUUUCCAACUGGGCAAGCCUCGCUUCCAGCAGACAUCCUUCUACGGUCGCUUCAGGCACUUCUUGGACAUCAUCGAUCCUCGAACACUCUUUGUCACUGAGAAACGUCUCAGAGAGGCUGUGCAACUGCUGGAGGAUUACAAGCAUGGCACCCUACGCCCAGGAGUUACCAAUGAACAGCUCUGGAGUGCACAGAAAAUCAAACAGGCUAUCCUACACCCGGACACCAACGAGAAGAUCUUCAUGCCUUUCAGAAUGUCAGGUUACAUUCCUUUUGGGACGCCAAUUGUGGUGGGACUUCUCUUGCCUAACCAGACGCUGGCAUCCACUGUCUUCUGGCAGUGGCUGAACCAGAGCCAUAACGCCUGUGUCAACUAUGCAAACCGCAAUGCUACCAAGCCUUCACCUGCAUCCAAGUUCAUCCAGGGCUACCUGGGAGCUGUCAUCAGCGCUGUCUCCAUCGCUGUGGGCCUUAAUGUGCUGGUUCAGAAAGCAAACAAGUUCACUCCAGCCACUCGCCUUCUCGUGCAGAGAUUUGUACCCUUCCCUGCAGUAGCCAGUGCCAAUAUCUGCAACGUGGUCCUGAUGCGGUAUGGGGAGUUAGAGGAAGGGAUUGAUGUCCUGGAUGCUGAUGGUAACCUCGUGGGCUCUUCAAAGAUCGCAGCCAGACACGCCCUGCUGGAGACAGCUCUGACACGUGUGGUUCUGCCUAUGCCCAUCCUGGUGCUUCCUCCAAUCGUCAUGUCCAUGCUGGAGAAGACAGCCCUCCUGCAAGCACGUCCGCGGCUACUCCUACCUGUGCAUAGCCUCGUGUGCCUGGCAGCCUUUGGCCUGGCCCUGCCACUGGCCAUCAGCCUUUUCCCACAGAUGUCAGAGAUCGAAACCUCCCAGUUGGAGCCUGAGAUAGCCCGGGCUACAAGCAGCCGGACAGUGGUGUACAAUAAGGGGCUGUGAGUGGAGAUCAGCCGGCCUGGGGACACAGUGGCGCUAUCCAGGCCGGGCGUUCGGGGUGGGGGAAGAAGUCUCAUGAGCUGUGUCUGCAGGGAGGGGCUGCCUGGAAAGCAGUCAACCUCCAGCAGUCGGGAGACUAACCAUUCACAUCUUAACAUAGGGGAGAGGAAUUCUGACACAUUUCCUACACACAAAGAAUCAAGUGCAUCUCUGGGCCUUACACAGGGUUGGCUAAACUCCACUCAGCACAAUUUCGUGUGAGCUAAAGAGCUGUAGAGUGCUCCUGGGGUAGAAGUAGUAUCCUUUUAUAUGUUAUAUGUUCCUUUUUGGGGGGGUUGUUUUAAUUUUUUUUUUUUAUUAGAAGCAAGUCUGAGCCUUGGUUGCAGCUGGCCAGAAGCAGCAGGAGGACAGGUGGCAGGAGCCAGAGGAGCCCGGGAACUGGUUUGGAUUGAUGGGAGGGAAGUAGAAUUUAGGUCCAACGGGCCCCUUGGGUUAGAGAAGGGAAGGGAAGGGAGGUGGUCUGCACCCCACAAGAUGAACUAACCAUGACCAAGGUUCUCAGGAAUCGUCUCCCUCAGUCAAGGGGCACUAGAGACCCCCGGACGAUUCCAGAACCACCUGGCUCUGAAUGUACCCUGCUCCUACCCACCCCACAGCUGAGGGACAGUCAGUGACCCCAGGUGAGGGUGACCUUUCAUGGAGCCCUUAUUGAUUCUAAGCCCCUGAGAGCACCCCAGCUCUAGUCAGGGGUCCCCAAGAAGGAGCACUGUUCUGUGGGAACAAGGAGAGGGUCCUGUCUGGGCUCUGCAGGAAGGUUCUUUUCCACAGUAGCUAGAGCUUUCCUACUGGGACGAAGGUGGGCUGAGCCCACUGUGGUCCAGUCUGCAGCCUCUGAAGCUGCUUGUCGUACCCCACAUCCUCCUGCUGAGCAGGCAAGGCCAGAUCCCUGGCGACUGCCUGAGAGGUAGCAUCAGCAAUGGACAAGCCACGCACAUCUCUGAGCUUCCAUUCCCUGCCUGGAAGCAGGGGUCUGAACUGGGGUUCCCGCCAAGCCCCUCUCUACCUGCUACACUCAGACGUGCACAUUCCAAGCAUAUUUCUAAGAUGGAUUCUGGGCUGCAAAGUGCAUCCGGCCCUUCUGGAAAUGGCCAGCGUUUGGCCUACAAAAGGACCUUGCCCUUCUGUAUGGACUCCCCCACAUCCCAAAAAACCUUGACUUGUGCCAAACACUUGAUGGCUGCCGGGGAGGUAUCAUGGAUGUCCGGGCUGAGCAUAGGGGUCGUACCACAUGCCGUUCCUCGCUGCUGCAGACCCGGGGCCUCUUGCUGCUGGCUCCUGACUCCAUCUCGUCAUGUGUAGGCCAUAGAGGAAGAGAUAGCUCUAUCUAAGGAGGAAGGAUCUGGGUGGGGCUGAACAGGGUGACUCCUGGUCCGAAGGACCCACAAAGAGGAGAUACACUGAUCUUUACACAGUCCCCAUCUGACCCUGCUCGGAUGGGAGCCCUGGCUCGUGACCCUGGAACCCAGCUCAGGCGAGGUCAGACUGAAGGUGAACAUGUAUGGUUGCAGUGAAAGGCUGGCACGGGGCAGCAAGGACAAGGCCAUAGGUUCCCUGCCAGCAUCUUAAGGCAGGCACACCUGCAGUGGGAUGGACCAAACAUGGCAUUGGCGCCAUGGUCUCUAGGCAUUGACUGGAGACUAGAUCUGUCUGGAGCCUCUUUUAGAAAGUUCAUUCCCAGCUUUUUCUGUCCCCACUUGUCCUGAAACCUUGUCCUUAUGCAUUUAUCUUGGGACCAAAACCUCCUCACCCACCUUGCCUGCUCCAGAGGCCCAGCAGACCAGAGGCUCUUCCAGCUCCCCCUCUGUGCUGGCUGUCUCUGUGGCCUCAGUACUCCUCAUAGGUAUGUUUUCUGUGGAGUGAUUUCUGCCACACUCCAAUACACCCUCAGCCCAGGUGAGCUGAGGGGGCAGCUCCUUUGGAUUUGCUGUGACAGAUGGUCCUUGUGGUUCACAGUGAUAGUGACUGAGUGUCUUGAGCCAUGCUGUUAAACCCUAUUCUGACUUCAUAAAAUCCGUAAGAGAAGCUUUCUGUGAAUGCAAAUGUCCCUAUUUGCUGAGGCUAGGGGACAGAAAGAGGCCUGAAGCAAAGGCGGCACAGAUUACCUCUCCUUGGGUGUAGUUUUGCGAGCAGUCAGGAUACAGCUGCAGCAGGCUCUCCAGCCCUGAUGUUCCUGGCCAGCUCUUCUCUGAUUACCUUUAAACAUUCCCUGAAGGAUGUUCUUCCAUCUCUGGAAAGCAAUUUGAGAGUACAAGAACCAAAAGUCCAAGAUGCCAAGAUGGCCGCUGAGCCAAGAUGUCUGCACACUCUCACUUCCUGAUUGUGGCUGUCUUAUGAAAGUGUCUCUGGUCUGGGGAAGGGUGGGGCACUGAGGAGACCAGCCAGUGGGAGGCAGGUCCAUGCUGAGCGUCCAGCCUUGGGCAGAUAUGAGUGAGGCUCAACACGUAUGCCUCGGCAUACCUGGGGACUUCAGACUGUCUUUUUAACCUCAGAAAAUGUCUCAAUGUAUGUGAUUUAUGUCAUACUAAUGGGCUGUGGGCAAUA